AACUUCUCCAAAGGAAAUGAACGCUCAGUUGAAUUCCACACCGGAUUUCAUUCAAGAGAACGCCGCCGGAAGUGAUUCCGACUCGAACCCGGACGAUUCGCUGGAAUAUUACGAGCCAAUCUCUUCCACCGCUGAUGACGACGAUUUGCAGAUCUCCGAUCAGAUUCCAAAUCAUGUUCAGAACUCCGACGAUGAAGAGUGCGACGAAUCUAGUUAUUUUCAUCGCCUCCCUAAUGGUUAUACGAAUUGCGUAGAAAACGAGAUAUCAUCACUGGAUCUAAGUGACGAGGAUGGUGAACAUAAGAGUGAGGUUGAAGAAGAGGAGGAGAGAAUAAGAGCGGCGUCUGAUACUGCUGUACGGAGAGCGUUCAGAGAGGAUGAGAGCCGUCGCAACACUCCAUUGACGACGGAGAAUGCAACGAGAGUAAUGGAAGCCAUGCGUAGGAUUUCUUUUGGUGGAGUGGCUCCUGAUUGGACCAGUCAAGUUCCGGAGGAUCAGUGGAUCGAUCAUCUACAAAGAUUGAGACGUCCACCUGCUACUACCUCGACGAACUGAAACCGAUUUGCCAUUAAUUAGGAACAAAGGAUGCAAUGCAGAAGAUGCCAUCUCCAGUCCAGUUAAUAUCUUGAUUGGCAUUGUUACCUUACAUGGACUGGGUCUCAGCAGGCUUGUGAAGUUCUUCCCAUUGUCACCCACUA